AUGCGGCGCUUGACAUGGCUCGCGGUCCUCUGCCUAGCACACGGCGAGCUGGACUUGGCCCGCGAAGGAGGUGACUGCGCCUCAUCGUUUGUCCAGCUGACAAAGGAGCUUAUCCCUGGAGCCAAAGCGCCUUCACCGGCAGCGACGCUGCGAGAAAGGCUGCGCGAGCAGCGCCCGAUCCCUCGAGCAUUUGGUGGCCUGCGGCGAGCUGGCGAAGCUGCAGAGGCUGAGGCCAUCCUGGACAUCUUUCGUGGAGUGGCUGCCUUCUUCCACAAGCUUGUGACGCCGGAGGAGCAGCCCGAGGGAACCCUCAUGAAAGACAUCUUUCGAUCCGAGGCCUCGGUCGCCCAUACUUACCGCUGA